AUGGCAUCCGACGAACUAGUGGAAACCAUCAUGCGGGAUGUCUCCUUCGACGAGCUGCCAACCGUCGCAGGAAACCCAAAAGAGCCUCCAUACAGUGCCUGGGUCUGGGGCAAGGACGACACACUUGGUACACUCAAUUACCUGACAGAUGCCCGUGUUCGCGACGCAGCAGCAAGCUGUAUCAAGACUGGCAAGCGUGUCUGCCUGAACUGGAAUCUGCAGCACCCGACACAUCCUGGAUUUGGCAGACAAGCAUUCCAGCAUGAGAUCCUCGCAAAGCCCAAUAGAGUGGUCUUUGAUGACACUGUGCACUUCAACACCCAACACUCAUCGCAAUGGGAUGGACAUCGCCACUUUGGCUAUCAAAAGGAAGCAGUAUUUUACAAUGGCGAGACGAUGGAUGACGUUCUGAAGGGAGAGAAGCAUGAAGGCUGUGGCAUGGCAAGCUGGGCUCAAAAGGGCAUUGCUGGCCGUGCAGUCCUUAUUGAUGUCUGGGCCUAUAUUCAAGAUAAGCCAGAGCUGCAAUAUGAUCCUUGGACGACACAUGGCGUCUCUUUGAGUCUCAUCCACGACGUGGCCAAAGCGCAAGGCACAACAUUCCAAAAGGGCGAUAUCCUUAUAUUCCGCACAGGCUACCAUACUGCCUAUGAGAAAAAGACGGAUGACGAAAUUCUUGCCAAGUCCAAGCAGAUCCCGCCACAAUUUGCUGGUAUUAAGCAAGACAUCAAGUUUGCAGAAUGGGUCUACAAUAACAAGUUUGCUGCUGUUGCCGGGGAUGCACCUGCUUUUGAGUCUUGGCCCGGUGAUUUGUCUGCUUUUGGUAAGUUGUUGCAUGAAGUCUUCCUUGCUGGAUGGGGUAUGCCCAUUGGCGAAAUGUUUUACCUUGAACGGCUCAGUGAGCUAUGCAAGCAAGAAGGUCGAUGGUCCUUCUUUGUGAGCAGCUCUCCCCUCAAUGUCCCUGGCGGAGUGGCGACACCGCCAAACAUUAUGGCAAUCCUGUAG